AUGGUCAUCAUAGUAUCCAAAUUAAAAGUUACUGAACUCAAAUCAGAACUAUCAGCACGCAACCUUCCUAUCACUGGUUUAAAAGCUGUCCUCGCUCAACGACUUCAAGAUGCGAUCGACUCAGAGACAUCGAUCAAUUCAGAACCUACUCAGCCUGAACAACAGUCAAUCCCAUUAUCACAACCCGUGAAAACCAUAUCAUCUCAAAUUAUAUCAGAAACGAAGCCUACAUCUACUUCACCUUCAGCCAAAAGUCUCAAACGAAAAGAUAUUCCUGACAGUGGGACAGAAAUCACUCAAUUACCUUCGAAAUCACCUCGUCUUUCUUCCUCAAUGAUUCCAGAACGAGAUACAAAUAAUCAUAAUACAAUCGAUCAAAAUAUUCAAAUUGAUUCAAAUAUCAUCGAAGGCUCGACAUCAUCAGUCAAUGAUCCUAAUCCAUCUUUUCAUGUCAACGAUAUCAAUCCAGUGAUCGAACCAGGCGAUCAUCCUGUUAUGACCUCAGAUGAACCCGUGAAGCUGCCUAUACCAAUCGAUGCUCAGCCCGUGCUCACAAGCGUGGAUGAAUUUGUUACAACAGGUUCAUCUGACUCUCCGGCGUCUCACAAGCCGACUCAAGAGGUCCCAUCCUCUUCUACAAACACUCAUGAUCUCAAUCUGACAUCGAAUCUGAAGCCACCCACUCGUGAUGACCCCAUCAAAACAGCCGAGAAAGUUGAUGACGAUCUCAGUCUACCACUCCCGGCACUUCAUACCACGAUUCAAGAUGUGACUAUUGAAACCUUAGACUCGACUCCUGUGAACCUUUCCAGAUCAAAUGAGUCUAUUGGCCAUAAAACAAAUGUAGCUGCUUCAGAAUCAUCUAAUCUUGUUCCAGAAAAUUUAACCAAGGAUACAACCACCAUUACACCUACUUCAAGUCUUCAUACAGACAAACCAGAUAGUGGCACAGUCUCUCUUGACAUAAAAGAUCAGCAGGUAUCAGAAACUCUUAUCAUAUCAUCAGUUUCCAUACCAGAUCAAAAAGAUACAUCUGUACUGGAUACAGACAAACUCAAAAUAUCAUCAGCAAUCGACCGGGCUACUGGCAAUGAGCUGGAAACAAAAGGCUUGCCUGAAGUCCUUGGACAACCACCUGUACAAUCAGUCACACCUGUUCCGGACAUAACGGCGACUUCAACACAUGUAGUAUCAGAAACUCAUAUCAUGGCAUCAGCUUCUCCCUCCAAUCAAAAAGAUUUGUCUGUACAGGAAACAGAUGAACGCAAUAUAUCACCAGUUCACCCGGCUACUAGCAAUGGCCUGGAAGCAAAAGCAUUGUCUGAGAUCCCUGAACAAACUAUCGUCCAAUCAGUCUCACCUGUCCCGGGCGCAAAAUCGAUUUCAUCAGAUGUUGUAUCACAAAUUCCUAUCAUGACAUCAGUGUCUGCACCUGAUCAAAAAGAUGUAUCUGGAAUGGAGACAGACAAAGGUGAUAUGUUACCAUCGAUCGGCCCAGCUACUGGCAACGGUCUAGAACCAAAAGCAUCUUCGCAAAUCCCCGCAGAAACACCGAUCCAAUCAGUCUCACCUGCUUCGGAUACAAAAACGAUCCCAUCACAUGUAGAGGCCAAGGAAGCGUUAGAAUCAAAUGUAACGACUGUUAUACCUUCAAUUCAGACCAAAUCAGAUGAUAACAUUGACAAAUCUGCUGGAAUAACAGAAGUGAAGCGCACUCUCAGUGAUCGCUCAGAGGCAAAACCUCAUCCUUCGAUCGAUCUAACGAUACCUCCUGCAUCAUCUACAUCUCAUGAAAAAAUCGCAACAUCGACAUUAUCACAAGCAAAACCAACAGACCCACAUCCACCCCCUAACAGAUCUCUUUAUAUCGCUAAUCUUGUCAGACCACUGACAGUUCCACAGAUCAAGAAUAUGUUGUCAGAAUUUGGAGAGCUUGAACGGUUUUGGAUCGAUUCAAUUCGAAGUCAUGCUUAUGUUACAUUUUCUAAAUUAUCUUCUGCAACUGCUGCUUACUCUAAAUUACAUCAAACUGAAAUUUGGCCACCAUCAACUGGAAAGCUUUUAACGAUCAUUUAUCUUCCGGUAGAAGAAACUGAACGAUUAAUAAAUGAAGAAGAAACUGAAACAUCUAAAAUGAAUCGAAAGAUUCGAUUCGAAUUAUAUUGUAUUCGACCUACGACUACUGAACCUAUAUGGAAAUAUACAUUAAAAGCCGGUACGACUAUUAAUGGAAUUAGGAAACCAGAUCAAAUGAUGCUUUCUUCAAUUAAGAAUGAUUUGUUAUCAUCAUCAUCAAAGACUUCAAUGAAUCGAAUGAAUGAUGGAAAAUUAAAUUUAUCAAUUGAUGGAUCUAAUAGAAGAUCUUCUAAAGUUGAAGAAGUUUUCAUUCCGGCUAAAGUUGAUGAUAAUCCAAAAGGUGGACCUGAGAAAUGGUUUAGGAAAACUAAAACUGAACCUUGUUUGUUUUGGUCUCCUGGAAUUUCUAGUCCGGAUAAAUGA